AUGAAGCUAAUCUGUGAGACUUGCACCAUAAAUCGGUCCGUGGCCGGGGGCAAACGUGCGUUCCAGAAAACUAUCCUUGCCAUCGGGAAGGGAUCCGAGCGGAAGGGAGAUGAAACGAAGAUCAUGCUCAUUACGACCGCCAACAAGUCCGGCACCAAGUACAGCGUCCUAAAGAACAUAAGCAAGAUAUUUACCCGCUUUCUGGAGGAAGGAAAGGCCACGAUUUCGUUCGUCACACCCGAGCACGAUGUGCAGAUUAAAAGUGAUAAAGUUCAGCUGACGGCGUUCCUGAAGGUGCUAAAGCUGGUGCUCACGGGUUGCGGACAACCGGCGGAAGGGACCCAGCCCGUCACGAAUCCCUUCUCACCGUCCGCUCCACUGCGGCUGCCGUGUCUUACCGUGGGGAAGAAAAAAGCCUCCAUUCUCGAUUCUCCGAGUGUCCUGGCGACCAAGUGCGUGAUAACGAACAGAAAGGACUACCCAACGAAAGGCUUUUCCCGCCUGCUCGUGUCGUUGCAGAUUACCGACGUGAAGCUUUCACGAUUCGACUCACAGAUAUUGUUGCUACAGAAGCUUCGAUUUUUAAACCUGUCCAACAACUGUUUACGCAGCUUGCCCCGCGCACUUGGCCAGCUACGACUGAGCGAGCUGGAUCUGUCGAGCAAUAGAUUGGCCGACUGCACCUUUGACUGGCUGCUGGAACCGAACAUUCAGUCGUCGCUGCAGAGUCUCAACAUUUCCGACAACGGGCUCUCGUUCUUACCGAUCAAUGUGAUAAACGCUGGCGCAAUGGUGGCGCUAACAGCGAACAACAACCACAUCCGCAAGCUACCCUUUGCGCUGUGGACUAUGGGUCGGCUUCGGGUGCUUUCGUUGGCAAAAAACCAGAUCGAUGGUGUACCGGAAACCUUGGAACGAAUAAGACUGGAGCGGCUAGAUCUGUCGGAAAAUAAUCUUUCGCCCGACGGAGGAACAGCUGAGCUACACCCAAGUCCGUCGAUGCAGCAGCGGCAACCGUCGACCCUGUUCGAACUCGCCGCACGUAUCGUGAUCCAUAGGAAGCUUCCAUACGCAAUGCCAGGACUGUUGCCGUUCACCGUGGUGGACAUUAUACGCCGUGUACCUCUUUGCGGCUGUGGCCAACCGUGUUUCGAUGCGAAAGUGUACCAGCGCACGAAAGUGAUCAAUGGGCGCUGUUCCUGCUUGGUGCUCAACGCCAACCAUCUUCUCAUCGCGGACAGCGUUUUUUGCAGCGAAAAGUGUAUCCGGAAAGCGAACGAGCGGAGACUUCAUAAUCGAGGACUCUAAAAACUAGUAGCUACUGUGUUUUAAUAAAUUAUUCUUGUUACAUUUUCACUA